AUGCACCUUCCAUGUUCCCCCAAGGCCUCAACUUCAUACUCUCUCUCUCGCUCUCUCUCAGCUGUCUUCUACAUUUGAAAUGGAGUUGGGUGGAAUGGUGGAUGCGUUGAUAGAUAAGAGUAUUCUCAUCACUGGCUCAACCGGCUUUUUGGCAAAGAUAUUUGUGGAGAAGGUGCUGAGAGUUCAGCCGAAGGUGAAGAGGCUUUACCUUCUUGUAAGAGCCAGUGAUGCCAAGUCUGCUCAGGAGCGUCUCCAAAACGAGGUGAUAGAAAAGGAAUUAUUUGAUAUUCUGAGAAAAGAGCAUGGGAAGGAAUUCAAUUCAUUUAUGGCAGAGAAGGUCUGUGCAGUUCCAGGAGACAUUAUUCAUCACAAUUUGGGAAUAGAAGACAUAAAUAUGAGAGAACUAUUGUGGAAGAAUGUCAACAUGGUCAUCCAUGUAGCUGCCACAACCAAUUUUUAUGUCAGGUAUGAUAUUGCUUUGGAUAUUAAUGUUUUAGGCGCAAAACACACCAUGAAUUUUGCAAAAAAGUGCAGCAAACUUGAGGUUUUUCUCCAUGUUUCGACUGCAUAUGUAACUGGAGAAAAGGAGGGAGUGCUGUUAGAGAAGGCUUUCAGCAUGGGGGAAGCACUCAAAGGCAAUAUGUAUUUAGACAUUGAAUCCGAGUUAGAACUGGUCGAAAGACGAAAGAAAGAACUCCGAUCUGGCAACACGACUAUGGGAGCCGAGAAAAUGGCCAUGAAAGAGCUCGGCAUUGAAAGAGCUCGACAUUAUGGGUGGCCAAAUACGUAUGUGUUCACAAAAGCAAUGGGUGAGAUGAUGGUUGGGAAGCUAAGAGGGAACAUGCCCCUUGUUAUAGCUCGCCCAACAAUUAUAACUAGUACAUGGAAGGAGCCAUUUCCCGGUUGGAUUGAAGGAAAUAGAACAAUUGACAACAUAAUAGUCGGUUAUGCAAAAGGGACACUUCCUUGCUUUGUUGCAGAUAUUAAUUCUCGAAUGGAUGUGAUUCCUGGGGAUAUGGUUGCAAAUGCUAUGAUAGCAAUGGUUGUUGCACAUUCAAACAAGCAAGGAGAAUUCAUCUAUCAUAUAAGCUCAUCUGUAAGAAAUCCCGUCAAUUACUCAAUUUUAGAGCAAUGUGGGUACCGUUAUUUUUCAAAAAACCCACAAAUUGGAAAGAAUGGCAAAGAAAUCCGCCUAAGAAAACUUCCCAUCUUCAAAAAAUUGGCCUUCUUUCGAAUAUUCUUGUUCCUUCGAUAUUGGCUGCCAUUGGAGAUGCUGCGUUUGGUAAAUAUCAUAUUUUGUUGCAUGUUCUUAAAAAAAUACAACGAGCUCAGCAGAAAGUACAAAUUCUUGAUGUUUCUCAUUGAUCUCUACAUACCUUAUUGCUUCUUCAAGGGAUGUUUUGAUGAUUUUAACUUGGAGAGACUGAGAAUGGCGACAAAGAAGCAUGCCGAAAAUCAAAUAUUUUAUUUUGAUCCGGAGAAAAUAGAUUGGGAUGAGUAUUUUUACAGCAUUCACAUUCCAGGUGUGAUCAAGUAUGCCUGCAACUGAAGCUCCGUGAAGAUUCAGCAGAAAAUUUAUUAAUAUUAUUAUGGUGAGGGGAAAUUAUUUAUUCAGUCAUACGCUUGAUCAUUAGAGUAAUUUACAAAAUGGUUUGAUUUAUAAAACCGUUUGGUUAAUACUGUUCGUUAAAGAAUAAGGAGGGUGCUUUUGUAAUAUUUAUAUGUUUUGCAUGCAAAUGUACGUGUUGCAUGGAGAGAUUAAGCAUUCAAAGCAAGGUAUUGUUUCUCUAAUUAUUCUACUAAUCACACUAAUUAAUA